GCCUAAUGAAUAAAAAACAAGCAAUUGCUUGGAGCAAUUGCUAUUUAGCAAAAGCAAUUGCUAAUUAGCAAAUUGCUACAAGUAAAAGCAAUUGCUAGAUCUUCAUAUGAAUAAAGUUUUAAGCAAAUGCUGCUUUUCCAAACAUCUUUCCAGCAAUUGCUUACUGAAAACAAGUCCAGGCUUGUCUUAUUUCACUUAUCAUUUCAUUCCGGUGCCGCCCGUAUUUUGUUAGUUGAGUACAACCCCGCGGAUUAGUUUGCUACGAUUAUUUAUAUUUGUGAUGGCAGAUUUAAGUGAAGAGGGAAGUAGUAGCGAUGAAGAAUUUGAAGAUAUUAAAGACAAGCAAUUUAUAUUUAUACAGAAACUGAAGGAACAUAAAAUAGUUUUCAAUAAGUCACAAGUGCCCCAAGUUAAACUAGAAAAACAGGCCGCUUUAACAAUCUUAGUAAAGCAAUAUAGAGAAAUAUUCAACGUCUUACUAACGACAAAACAGUUAGCAAAGAAAAUUAGUAACAUGAAGGCAGAGAUAAAAAAGAAGUUUGAUGUUAACAAGACAGGCAACAAACCAUUGAUCUACAAAGAUUGGGAAAAAUUGUUGAUGGAUAUGCUGGAUGUAAAGAAAAAUCCCGUCUUUAAUAAAAUACCAGGCGCUAUUUCCGUCGGAGAUGACGAACAAAUGAUUCGUGAUAAGCCUUCUACAUCAUCGAAUGACAUUUUUAUUACUAAAGAUGAAGCUUGCAGUACCACUCCUAGAAAAAAAAUUAAAAUAUCAGAUAAACUACCUGAAACUGAUGAAACGAGAAAUUUGUCAACUGUUGAACUACAACGAUUAGUUUUAUUAGAACAGCUUAAAUUAUGUCGUAUGCAACAGGGAGAAAUCUUGAGGAGAAAACAAGAAUCUGAUGAUACAUUUCAUGUCAACAAUGUUGUUAUGGAAAACGGCAAGAAGUUCUUCCAGUUAUAAGCUAAAAAUUGCUUUUGGUGCUCUGGUAUCGUCACAGAAUCCAAGCUAGACGAAUCCAAAAUAAAAAAGCAGAAUUUCAGCAUCCCCCUUGUGGACGUAGAGCGAAUAAUGAAGAGCACGGCAGGGGUCAGUGAAGAGCCUAUCGACAUGAAAGUUUUAAUACUAUUAUCCAAAGCUACCGAAUUGUUUAUUAAAAAAUUCACCAAAGAUUGCGUUGCCAAAAGCAACCCUGAAAAAUUAAAGUACAACCAUUUCGUGGAACUUGUGCACGAAAAAGGGAGCAAAUACGGUUUCGUAAGCCAAAUUGUACCAAAGAAAAUUACUGUACGGGAGUUCAAGGAAUUAAUGGCCAAAAAAGAAGCCGCCCGAAAAAUGGAGGAGGCAAAGGCAAAUUAUUGAGUGAGAUACCA